AUCAUGGGCGGCCCACAAGUUCCCCCUUUGGAUCUCCUCCCUCUCGUCCCCUCUCCUUCGAUCGGCAUGGCCUCCUCCCAUUCGCAUCAUCGUCUCCCUUGGAAACACGGCGAAUUGGUGUUCUGCCUCAAGUCAGAGACAUCCGUCGGCGCCGACGUCGGCCGGCCCCACAUGCUCGUCGAGGUCACGCUGAGCUUCUUCAUGAAGUUCGCAAUUCCCUCGCCGGUUGAAGGAGGAUUCUAUCGCUUCGGCUGUCAUAUUACGCCACGCGAGCGCUACAUGCUUCCGGUCGAUAACCCAUCGCUGUGCUUCUCGACGCCCGAUGCCUCCGCGAAGACCGCUGCUAUGUUGGUCCCAGACGCGAAGCCGCGGCUCGGUGAAAUUCUCCGACUUCUGGUGCCGGACAUAUCGCGCUUCGCUCACGCCACGAUGAAGAGUGCAGAGUCUCAGGGGCAUACGGCCAUGAAGGUGAGCGUCGAAGCCGUCGCCAUUGUGAAGGUGAAUUUCGACAUGGUAGAGAAAUAUUGGAGGCUUCGGCCGGGCGAUGAUGAUGAGGAAGAGUCGCUAGGGACCUGCGCGGUGUGUCUCGGUGAAAUACGGAAAGAACGGUUCUGGCCUGCAAGACUUGCAUGCUCUCAUACGUUCCACCUCAGAUGCAUAGCUCUUUGGCUGCAGCGGCAGAAUUCUUGCCCCUUAUGUAGAUCAGAGCAGCACAUAAUCGUAGAUGCUUAGCUUGGGUUUCUUAUUUUCUUAUUUUAUCUAAGUUUAGUCGGACAAGUAUUUUGUUUUUCAAGCCAAUGUUAAACUUAUGAAAGUUUAGUUUAAUUUGAUUAGUGAGUUUCAUGGAGCAGAAAGGAUUUCUCAAUAUUUCCCUGAUCAUUGUUAUAAUUAGUUUAUGGUGUAUAUAGUUAUUUGGAGAUUUGAGUUGAUUUUGCUGGGGUUGGUAUCAAAUUCUAGCAUGAUAAUUCUAUUGCGAACUUUAAUAUUUCAGCAUUAUC